AUGGCAGGUGUGGUGUACCCCAAACAGGGCCCUGUGGAUUUAGACAUAUACCAAAGCUCCCACGUGGUGGACUAUAAGCCCUACGGGAAGCAAAAAUACUCUACGGCCACGCUGCAAGAGGUAGGAAGGCAUUCCAGGCUUGUCACUCAUUCAGUUUUUCACAGGCCCGUCCCUGACCCCAGGCCCAAGCUGGCUGAUGGGUAUCCUGCCUUCAAGAGACCCCACAUGACUGCCAGAGACCUGGGACUCCCUGGCUUCUUCCCAACACAAGAUCCAGUGGCCAGCAUGGAGGACAUGGGCCCAUUCAGCAGCACCUGCCCCUCGGGGUACCCGGCCUCCCUGGCCCUGCACCUGGCCUGAGGCCCCCCGAACCUGCUUCAGCAGAGCACCGGCUUCCCGUGCCUCCUGGAGCCCGAGUGCCAGCCUGCUGCCAAGGAGGGCAGAGGCUACCUGCUCCUGCCUGGCUGUCACUGCCCUUGGCACCAAAGAACCAAGGUCCCCAUCUUGUAUUGCUGGGGACCCCUGGUGCCAUUUUACCAGUAG